AUGUCGUUAGCUAAACAUUGGGGAUACUCAAAGAAUUUGAUUUUGGAAAAUUUAAAGGGUUUGGGCUGCUGCAAACCCCAAAAUUUCUCUUAUACCAGCAGAAAAAAUAGUCGUGUACAAUGA